AUGGCGAGCUUUACAAGAAUUGCAGACGAGGAAUCGCCCUCAAUCAUCGUCCACCCUGACCACAAAAUUGCCAAGAUCAACGACAACAUCUAUGGAGGUUUCACAGAGCACAUGGGGCGCUGCAUCUAUGGCGGCAUCUACGACCCCGGCAAUCCCCUAUCCGAUGAGAACGGCUUCCGCAAGGACGUCAUUGAAGCGAUGAAAGACUUGAAUGUUCCGGUAGUUCGAUAUCCUGGUGGCAACUUCGUCGCCACGUAUCAUUGGCUGGACGGGGUUGGGCCCAAGGAAAACAGGCCAAAGAGACCUGAGCUCGCGUGGCUGGGCCUCGAACCUAACACCUUCGGCACUGAUGAGUUCAUGAAAUGGUGCGAGGUUGUUGGCACCGAGCCAUAUUUCUGCCUAAACUUUGGCACUGGUACCCUCGAUGAAGCUCUUGGAUGGCUUGAAUACUGCAACUCCACCCAAGACACAUACUAUGCCAACCUCCGCCGCAAGAACGGUCGUGAGGAGCCCUACAAUGUCAAGUACUGGGCCCUUGGUAACGAGUGCUGGGGUCCCUGGCAGGUAGCCCAGCUAACCAAAGAGGACUACGCAAAAAAGGCCUACCAAUGGGCCAAGGCCCUAAAGCUGCUCGACCCUUCCAUUAUCCUCAUUCUCUGCGGUGAGACAGGCUAUUCCUCUUGGGACUACUAUGUCCUCAAGGAAUGUGUUACGUGGUCUGUCCACGGCCUCGGUGGCGACCGCACAAAAUCCCUCAUCGACAUGCACAGCAUCCACGUAUACACUGCCGAUAAAGAGCAUCUGGCCAAUGCUACGGCACCUCGUGGUGCCGAGCGUGCAAUCCAGAUGGCGAGUGCGCUCAUCGACCUUGCGCGCAUCGAGAACGGCGUCCCGGCGACAGUGCCCAAACAGACAAUCUGCUUUGACGAGUGGAAUGUGUGGGAUCCCGUACGCGCGCCAGGAGAGCUGGGUGCGGAGGAGAAAUACACGCUUUCUGACGCGCUGGCCGUGGCUGUCUUUCUGAACGGCUUCAUCAGGCAGGCGAAGGACCUGGGCAUGGCCAACAUCGCCCAGUCUAUCAACGUCAUCUCGCCGCUUAUGACUACCAAGGAUGGCAUCAUCAAGCAGACGAUUUGGUGGCCGCUGCUACUCUUCAGUAAGUACAUGCGUGGACAAAGCGUGGCUGUCAAUGUAAGGUCACCGGAAUACACUGGCCGCACGAACCCGGCUUGGAUCAGGGCUACGAUCGAGACGCCGUAUCUAGACGUGAGCGCUUCCAUCUCCGAUGACGGCUAUAUCAGUCUUGCUGUAGCGAACGUCAACGAGGAGAGGGACUUCGAGGUUGCAGUUGAGGGUGUGAAGAAGGGCGAGAUUAAGGUGUACAUUGUCGAUGGUGAGAACAUUGAUGUCGUCAACACCAGUGAUGAGCAGAAGGUGGGCAUCAAGGAAUCGACUUGGAGCGGUGAGGGCAAGUUUAAAUUUAGCAAGCACUCAUUCACGCUGUUGAGGUGGAAGGCGUAG